AUGCUAUUUACUCAAUGCAUGAAGCACUUCAGCAAAGUAGAAAUUGUUGUAGCCAAUGCCGGGAUCAUGGAGAGCCAGAAGCUUUUUGACAUUAGUGAUGUUGACGAGCAGGGAGAAUUACGCCAGUCCGCGGAAAGAUUUCGUGUAAUCCAUGCCAAUAUCAAAGGAACAGUUAACACUGAUUUUGUAGCCGAUCAAUGGAGGAAGUCGGGACUCAAAUCUAACACAGUGGAGAGUGUUGCAAUCUCCAUUGCCCUAGCCAGUGUGCGAGAAGAGACUGGAAAAUGUUGUAUGGUACACUAUCCCCAACUUCUUCCUGGUCUUAGUAUUUGUUGA